ACAAGCCUGGAGAUUUGCAUUACAAGGACGUUGUAGAUUGCAGUAUUAUUAUAUAGGGAGUGUGCUAUACCAGUGUCUAUGGUCAACAUCUUCAUGUCUUACUUUUCUAAAUAUGUCUGCUUUUAAAGGUUCUACAGCGAACCUUACUCAGAUUGUAUCACUGGUAGAUCAAGAUGCACCGGUGAAAACUUUCUUGUCUGUGACCCCAUGUGUUAUUUUCCUUUAUGUCAAUGGGGUCAUGAUCUUCACCUUGAGGAAAAAGACUGUUUUUCGGGAGACUUCCCGCUACAUUCUGUUUGGUCACAUGCUUUGGCUUGAUACGCUCCAUCUCUUCAUGAGUGUAGUGUUGUUUGUGUGUGCUAUUAGCAGGAUUUUUAUUUUGAAAAAUGUCUGUAUCAUUCUUCUUGCAGCUGCGCAAGCUCUUUAUCAGGUUGCCUUACUGAAUCUGGCUUUAAUGUCACUGGAGAGGUAUGUGGCCAUCUGCUUUCCUCUCAGACACGCAAAAAUCACCAGUUACAGAAGAACUCAUAUAGCUAUCAGUGUUGUUUGGACGAUGGGUUUGAUUCAGUGCUUGUCUGAGAUGAUUAUUUUCUAUGCCAUUGAUUCUACAAACACAGUGAUGAAUUUGUUCUGCUCAAGAACUACUCUUUUCAGACUUCAGAUCUAUAAGAAACUUGAAAUAGUUUUCACGUGUAUAUUUUUUGUGUUAGUGUGUUUUGUUAUUAUCUUUACUUAUGCCUCUAUAGCAGCUGUGGCUAAAACAGCUGCCUGUGAUAAAAUGUCAGCCAAAAAAGCAAACAAAACUGUUCUGUUGCAUCUAAUACAGCUGGGUCUCUGUGCUGCAUCCAUUUUAGUUGGAGUUAUCCAAGAAGCCAUUUAUGUUUAUACUGACUAUAUGACUUCAUUACAUGUAAUGUAUUUUUGCUUUGUAGUGUUCUUGAUUUUCCCUAAAUGUUUAAGUCCUCUUAUAUAUGGUCUGAGAGACCAGGCCUUCAGCUGUUUAUUUAAAUAUUAUUUCACAUUUGGUUUCAAAAAGCAAAAUAGUUGUAAUACAGAAAUACAUUUAGUAGGAGGAAUCGAAAAAAUACUAGAUACUAUGUGA